AUGACCAAAAUAGCUGCUACGUUUCAAAAGCUCCAGGAGGCCGAGAUUCUCUGUCGCUCGUCCCAAGUUGUUUCGGUUGUGAACGACCAAGUUUACAUUUUUGGGGGAGAGUUGCGACCGCGCGAGCCUCGAGACAAUGAUGUCCACGUUGUAUCAUUGGAAGCCAAUGCUAUGAUUGCUUCUAAGCCGGCCACAUUUUGCUCCCCAUCCCCUCGCGUUGGAUCGGCAGCUUGUACUCUCAACGGAAAGAUUUACAUCUUCUCCGGUCGUGGUGGUGUCGCCAUGGCUCCUGUCGAAGAACAUGGUGCAAUCUGGGAGUUUGAUCCGACCCAAGCGAAAUGGUCUCUGAUUUCACCAUCCGGUCAAGUCUCGAAAGACUUGCCAGCGGCUCGCAGCUACCACUGCAUGGCCAGCGAUGGUGAAGAUACAAUCUACUUGCAUGCAGGAUGCCCAGAAACGGGAAGACUAUCGGAUCUAUGGGCCUUCAGCUUGUCUCGCAAAGAAUGGACCGAGCUUUCCCCGUCAUUUGAUCCUCCUCGCGGAGGUUCAUCAAUCACGUUCACGGAGCACAAACUAUACCGAAUGAAUGGAUUCGAUGGGGAAGCCGAGCAGGGGGUAGCCUGGAUAUUUAUUCACCUGGAACCAACUCCUGGUCUUCACACUCAUACUUGCCUGAUGGUAUUGCCGGCCCCACGCCCCGAAGCGUGA